UGGAGCCCUCACAGUCACCCAUUGUCAGAGAUACUGUGUGUGAGCGUGGUCACGCGCCUUGCUAAGGGCGCACACUACCAGAAAGUGUACACAGAGCGCAGUGUACAAUCUGCGCAUGUAUAUGUUCCAUCGACCCGUCGCCAGCUGUUGGUUAUGGCACCAUUAAGCAUCGUUUGGGCGAAAGAAACAUACAAGAAACGGGUGUUUUCGAGUAGCUGAGGAGUCCCGUCUGGAGAGGCUGUAGUGCCAGUUGAGGGCAUACCAGUGCCCCUGUCCGAUGGCCACAACCCGCGGGAUGAUCACGCAGCCAACCACUAACGUCGCCCUGUGAGGCAGCAGCAGCAGGAGAAUGCUACGAGUGAAGACCAGCAAUGGCGGGACUGACUGGCCAAACCACUCCCCCAGUGUUGCUACUGGCAACACUGGGCCUCAUCCUACCUUGUACACUGCAACACCGGUUCAGGGAUGGGUGCCCCUGCGCCAGCCUCCCUCAGAAGGAACUCUCGGUGCGUCAGCUGUAUGAGGAAGUCACCUCCACCAGGAGACAUAGGCUGUACUGCUGCCCUCACAUUCUCCUAGGGUUCCCCGCCACCCACUACCACAACAACACCUUCAAUAUUACCUGGACAUUCAACGGGAAGGAGUACCCGUGGGUUCGUGAGACGAGCACCUUCAAGAAGACUUACUGUGAGUUGGAGACCUUGGAGACAUGGGCGGCCGUGCCGAUAGACGAAGGUAUCUACAGCUGUAAGGUCACCGCCGCCAACGGCACCUCCGUCACCAGGAACAUCAGCCUCUGCGUCAACAUGAACGAAGAUACCUUUGGCCCUCCUGUCAAGUCGAAUAUCUCCGGUGACACUGAACGUCUGCCGGGCGAGGCUGUCACCUUCACCUGCUCGGCCUACAUGGGUCGGCCCAGCUGCCUCAAUCCUCAGCAACACAAAAUAAUCUGGGAGAAAGAACUCCACAAUGGGUCCUGGGUCUCAGCAGGGCUCCUGCGCCAUGCUCGCCCCUUCUAUUCUGAGAAUAAAGAUGGAAACAUGUGGAGCAGCCUGGAGAUCAGGAGGGUGGAGGUGGCACACUUCGGUCACUAUCGCUGUACCGUCAUCAAUCAACAUGGCAACCUUAGCCUUAACCUGACGCUGGACAGAGGCGUCUCCGGGAUGACGUUGCUGGCUGGGCAGUACAGGGCAUCACUGGCGGUACUGACGGCCCUGGUCGUGUUCCUGGUGGUGUCCUCUUGUGUCUGGCAUCGCUGCAGGAUGGUCAUCGCUCUCUACUGCCGCAGUAAAACUACUCUCCCUCCACCAGACGGGUACCAGUACGACGUGUUCGUGGUCCACGGGGAGUCGGCGUCGUGCUGGGUGUGGUCGGUGCUACUGCCGGCGCUCGAGGACACUUGCGGCUACACCUGCUUCCUCCCGCAGCGGGACAUGUGCGGUGGCGACCAGGUGAUAGAGGUGGUGGCAGAGGCGGUGUCUCGGUGCCGUCGGGUGGUGGUGGUGGUGACGCCGUGUCUCCUGGCCAGCCCCUGGGCCGCAUGGGCCAUGUACCACGGCCUGCAGGCCGCCCUCAACGCCCACACCCGUGUCCUCGCUCUAGUACUCAAGGAUCUGAAGACUACAGACAUCUCCGACACCAGUGGCAUCAUGGGCAUCCUGAAGCUGGUACGAAAGAUCAACAUUCCUUACUGUUGCAGCUGGCAUGAAGACGAGCCAAGUCAAGAGGUCUCUUCCAAGACCCACGAGACCACAGAUGAGGAUGUCUCUAACACCACUGAACUCUCAAGGAGCACGGGGAAUUCUAAGACCAAGCUGAUGAUCCCCGGUGACAAGACCUCAACUAUCAGAUCCAGAUCAAGAUCCCCAAAGAACCAGCGACUGUCCAACAUGCUCACCGGGAACAACGUGGCUUCCAAGGUUAUUAAGACAGGGGUUGGAGGCCCAGUCAUCUACACGGAAGAUGUUCACGGGAUGCAGGAGCCAGGAUCUCCCUGCUCCAUCACGCCGUUCAUCCUGCCUUCCCGGGGUAGCGCCCGCACAGCCUCCAACAAUACCACGCUGCUGCAAUCGUUGAAGGAGUGCGCGAGACUUCUCUGCACUGGGGACCAGGAGAAGAUGUUCUGGCAGACAGUCCAUUAUCAUCUAGGUCCUUCAAGCCUCCAGCGUCGCCUGAACGAUCUCGACCAAGCUUACAAGCUGUGACAUAGUCAAUCAAGAGGAAGCCAAUGGUAAAUCUUGCUAUGACUGCAGGAAGGGAGGUGCUAUAGUGGACGUUUAUCCACCGUUCCGGACACUGUCGACCGUCCCGGACACUGUCGACUGUCGUGGACACUGUCGAUCGUUCUGGACACUGUCGAUCAUCCAAGACACUGUCCAUGGUCCAGGACACUGUCGACCGUCCAGGACACUAUCGACCGUCGUGGACACUGUCGACCGUCGUGGACACUUUCGACCGUCGUGGACACUGUCGAUCGUUCCGGACACUGUCGACCGUCCAGGACACUGUCGACCGUCAUGGACACUGUCGACCAUUCUGGACACAGGUCGACCAUUCUGGACACUGUCAGCCGUCCUGGACACUGUCGACCGUCGUGGACACUGUCGACCAUUCUGGACACUGUCGACCAUUCUGGACACUGUCAGCCGUCCUGGACACUGUCGACCGUCCUGGACACUAUCGACCGUCCUGGACAUUGUCGAUCGUUCCGGACACUGUCGAUCGUUCCGGACACUGUCGACCGUCCUGGACACUGUCGAUCUUUCCGGACACUGUCGACCGUCCUGGACACUGUCGACCAUUCUGGACACUGUCGACCGUCGUGGACACUGUCGACCGUCCAGGACACUGUCUAUCGUCCUGGACACUGUCGACCGUCCUGGACACUGUCGACCAUUCUGGACACUGUCGACCGUCGUGGACACUGUCGACCGUCCUGGACACUGUCGACCAUUCUGGACACUGUCGACCAUUCUGGACACUGUCGACCGUCGUGGACACUGUCGACCGUCCUGGGUGUUGUUCCAAGCGUGAAGACCGUCAGACAGAAAGGGAAGGCAAUUGUGAGGGAGAAAGCCAGCAUGAUUAUGUCGCACACAGUAAAAGUUACAUGGACUGUCUGUCUGACAGAACCAAUCCUAAUUUUCUCACUUAUAUAGCCUUUGCAACGUUAUAACCCAGCUUUAUCAUAUAUAUAUUGAAUGCUAGUUGCAAAAACUCCUUAUUAACUAAUGGCCUUAUAGCAUAUCUACAUUGUCUUAACUAUUGUAUUAUUUCCGCACAUAUAACAUGUUCUUUGAUUAUACUAUUAUAUAUGCUGUUCAUAAAGGUAUUAUUCUCACUACGAAAUUUUGCCGGUUGAGGCAUCAUCAAAAUAACAUCUUCACUAGAAGAGCAGCAUCACCAAGGACACUGUUAUCUUCUCAAUGAUAACAAUAGUGACAAGGCAUCUUCAAGAGAACAGUGCCAAGACAUCGUCACUAAUAUCACAUUUUCACUAAGAUACUUUCAUCACCCAUAAAAUUAAAUUUCUACUGACUGCAAUUUCACCAAGACACGCCAAGAAAAAUAAUUUUAUUAGCAUAACAUCUCCAACAUAAUUGCAUCUCCACCAAGGAAGUCUUUCAAUCCAAGAUCACAUUACGAAUCGAGACCACAACUUGCCUCCGAGACCACUUAUCAAGGAGAGACCGAACCCCCACUAGUAUAUAGUUCCACAUCUCAACCAUUCCCCCAUAUAGACCCCUCCCAGACCCCCAUCUGGACCCAAGACCACAGUUCGACCAAGGACGCCAUAUAUAUAUUUAUAUUGUUCCAAAGACCUCAUCUCGAAGUCGGGAUCACUUAUCCCGGACCUGAUAAGUUGUCCAUAAGUGGUCAGGAGACCACUUAUCGACCACAAAACCACAAGUAGAACCCCAGACCACAUCUUGGUCUCGAGAACAUUUUUAGGUCACCGGAUUACGUAUAAAAUCCGAGACCACAUAUCAACGCCCACACCACAUAUCACCCGGAGACCACAUACUAACGCCCAUACCACAUGUCACCCCGAGACCACAUAUCAACGCCCAGGCAACAUACCACGCGGAGACAGCAUACCAACACCCACACCACAUACCACCUCGGAGACCACAUACCAACGCCCUACCACAUGUCACCCCGAGACCACAUACCAACACCCACCCAACAUACCACACCGGAGACCAUAUACCAACGCCCACACCCAAUAUACCACCCCAGAGACCACAUACCAACGCCCACACAUACCACCCCGAUACCAUAUCCCAUUAUUAUCAAUCAUCAACUCUCACGCCCAUAUAAUAUAUCCUAUAAGUUAAUGACAAAAUAUAUUUUUUAUUUAAUAUUAAUGAACUGUUUAUAUAUCAAUAUUUACCUUAUUUUAUAUACGUUGUUUCGUUUAAAUAAACCUAAAAAUUAUUAUAA